UUCAUCCCUCAGAGCCCCAGGCUGCAGAGCAUUGCACCCCAGAACCCCAGGCUGCAGAGCAUCGCAGCCGAGCCGCUGCACCAUGACAGCCGAGGAGGUGAAGGCAGAGCAGGACAUCUCCAUGGAGGGGACAGACAUCAGCCCCAAGGGGGACCACGGGGUCCUGAAGGAAAUUAAAAAGGAGGGGACCGGAGGCGCGACGCCGAUGAUUGGCGACAAAGUGAGCGUCCACUACACCGGAUGGCUGCUCGACGGGACCAAGUUUGACUCCAGUAGAGACCGGAAGGACAAGUUCACCUUUGACCUUGGAAAAGGUCAAGUGAUAAAGGCGUGGGACAUCGCAGUGGCCACCAUGAAAGCCGGAGAAAUUUGCCGGAUAACCUGUAAGCCGGAGUUUGCGUACGGAGCAUCUGGGAGCCCCCCCAAAAUUCCUCCUAAUGCAGUGCUGAUAUUUGAGAUUGAACUUUUCGACUUCCAAGGUGAAGAUCUGUCCACAGAGGAAGAUGGCGGAAUCAUCCGGCGGAUCAGAGUGAAGGGUGAAGGCUACGCCAAACCCAACGAGGGCGCUGUGGUGGAAUUGUGGCUUCAGGGGUCCCACAAUGGCCGUGUAUUCGAUGAGCGAGACCUGCGGUUUGAGGUUGGAGAGGGCGAGGGUCUCAGAAUCCCCUCUGGCGUGGAGACCGCGCUGCAACAGAUGGAGAAAGGAGAAGAGGCCGUGCUCUACCUGAAACCUAAGCACGGCUUCGGUAGCGCCGGUUGUGAAGCCUAUCAGAUCCCACCCGACGCGGAGAUUCAGUACGAAAUCAAACUCAAGAGCUUUGAAAAGGCCAAGGAAUCCUGGGAAAUGAACUCUGACGAGAAGCUGGAGCAGGGGGCGCUGGUCAAGGAGCGGGGGACGGAGUAUUUCAAGGCCGGCCGCUACCGCCAGGCCAUCAUUCAGUACAAGAAGAUCAUCCAGUGGCUGGAACACGAGUCCGGACUGUCCGAGGACGAAGCGGCCAAGUCCAAGUCCCUGCUGCUGGCGGCUUCUCUGAACCUGUCCGCCUGCUACCUGAAGCUGAGCGAGUACCGGCAGGCUCUAGAGCACUGCAACAAGGCGCUGGAAUUUGACGCCAACAACGAGAAGGGCCUGUUCCGCAGAGGCGAGGCGUACGUGGGGGUGAACGAGCUGGAGCUGGCCAAGGACGACUUCGUGAAGGUGAUUCAGCUGUACCCAGGGAACAAGGCAGCGCGGGCGCAUCUGACACAGUGCCAGCAGCGCAUACGGGAGCAGCACCAGCGAGAGAAGAUCAUCUACGCCAACAUGUUCCAGCGGCUGGCCGAGAAGGAGGAGAAGGAAUCGGCAAAAGUUGCAAAGGAGCCGCCCCCACCCGGUGAUGUGGAGAUGAGCGACGGAACAGAGGAAGCGCAGCAGAGUGAAGCGCCAGGACAUGCAGGCUGUUGCUAGGGGGGCGCUCUGCCUGCGCAGCACAUUGUGGGAUGGGAGAGGGGAAGACUUAUUAAAGAGGAGGUCGCGGUUGUCUCCGGACUGUGACGCUGCCAGCCGCCAUGGCCUCUCUAUACGAUCUCUUCAUUCCAGCCUCUUCACUCAUUAUCUCUCAGGAUUUCUACCUCCUCCAGCCGCUCGCACAGUGGGGCCCCCUAGUGGGCACAAUCCGGGGGGCGUCCCCUGUGGUUGGUGGCUCUUGGGUUGGGUGCUGUUGUUUCUUAACCCCCCGCCCCCAAUCUUCCUGUUUGGACUCUUCUACAUGUUAGUCCUGUUCAUCCAUUUGCCCCUUGGAGGGGCCCUCACAGCGGGGCCCCAGACCUGACUUGAAUCUUGAGGCAGCGACUUUGUGUUUUGUUCUUUUUUUUUUUUUUUUUUCUUUCUCUUUUUUUAAUUUGUAAAAUGUUGAUUUUCCU